AUGUGUGGCAAACAUCGAUUCUGCCUCCCGCAGUACGCCUUGGUUGGGACGAGCUUUUCAAAAGCUGGAUAUGAACCGCAAACCGAUACGAGGUCUUCACUUGCAAUCGCAAGGCUCAGUUCCGACCCUUGCCGUGAUUCCGCCGAGCUUCUCACCAGGCAGCUAAAUAAACCGCCUCGGAAAUCUGAGGAGGAAAAUGGCAAGUCAAAGGACACUGUCUAUCAUCCCCGCCGGCCCCAUCGCAAGUCUCGAGCUGGCUGUUUGAAUUGCAAGAAACGGCGGGUCAAGGUGAUGAGUUCAAUAAGCCAUAGAACUGUGGAAUUUUUCCAUCACUUCAUAACUAUGGCCGCCCAUGCGUCUUCGUCGUCUGAUGCCCAUAGACGAGUCAUGAGUGGUAAAAUGAUUCAACUUGCUUUCCAGAACCCAAGCCUCAUGCAUGCCGUUUUUGGCGUUGCAGUAACACACCUCCGCCGUCUUCUGCCCUAUGACAAAUCCUAUGCUAUUGCCGCAGGGGUCCAUUGGGAGCGUGCAUUAAAACUUUACCGUAGGGAAAUUUCAAAGCCAAUUGACGAGCACAAUAUGGACCCUCUAAUGUCGACUUGCAUGUUAUUGGGUACCAUCAUUUUCAGCCCGGAGGAAUGUAAACCAGCUAGUUCUUGGGUGUUUUCAUCGGAUCCUACGCGGCUCUCGUGGCUGCUGGGCCAGUCCGGGCUUCGAUAUAUCCUCGAAGCCAUCACCAUCCAGCAACUGCGGCAAAGCAUUUGGUUCGAAGCUUUCAUGGAAUCUGAUGAUGAGGAUCACACAUUCAACAAUAACUCACCGGGCCGGGAGGGACUGCAUCCGGAGCUUGCAGAGCUGUGUGAGAUCCACGAAACGACCACCGAAGAAUCCAAUCCAUAUCACUGGCCACUCCGAAUGCUCAGCCCCAUGCUGCCUCUCAAAGCGGACAGAAACAACUUUGCGAAACUCAUCCCCUUCAUUGGGAGACUCUAUCCCGCAUAUACCAAGCUCCUACAGGAGAAGGAUCCCAGGGCGCUCCUCAUACUAAGUUAUUGGCUUGGGAAACUGUGCGAGGAGAAGCAAUGGUGGACAUACACCAAAGUUUCUUCCGAGUGCUUCGCAAUUUGCAUGUAUCUUGAACAUAAUGAGGACCCUCGAAUUUUGAAACUGCUUCAAUAUCCGGCGGAGAAAUGUGGCUAUGUCUUGAACUAUGUCCUCAAAGAUAUAAUUACGCAAGAAAACGAGGGCCUCGUUUAUUUCCCCUGA